AAUUAUGUAAUCACACGAAUACCUUCAGCGGACAAAAUAGAUUUAGUAGCACUUGCAUUUUGUCUUCUGCUGUAUGUCUUCUCUUCUAUAUACGUACCCCGGGCUGAUUGUAGUUCGUUUGAAACACAUUUUCAGUCACACAAGAAGUUAUGGCAAUUAGAACCACGCAUAUAUUAAACAAACGAAUAGAAUUUAAAUCUUACUUGUUAAAUUAGAUAUGAACUAAUAUUUGUUUAUUUCUUAGAUAAAGUGUAAAGAAGUGAUAAAGUAACAACAUAAAUACUAUAAUGUUAAAUGCUAUGAUGUUGGCACUACAAUGAUUAUCCGUAUGUUAUUAAAUCAUUCUUUUUAUGUUUUCAAUAUGUUGUAGCGAAUUCAACCCGAAAGGUAUUUCCGAAAGUAUGAUCUAACCAUUUAAACUGCGUAGAGUUUGUUUUAUUUACCUAGUUGACAUAACGAGAUUACUUUUAUGUUAAUUCAAUUAGUCGACCAUUAAUCUCAAAAAAUGAUAAGAUAUAAUUCACAAAAUGCCAUUCCCCAUGCAACUUGGAAGUCCUAUAUAAACAGAAAUGAAAAUAUCUGACAGUCAUUCUGUUGUUUAUUUCUGGAUUAUAAAAUCAUAACUUCAAUUUUCGUCCAUUAAGCACACAGGCAUGAGUACACCAGCACCGUCACCGUUGAUCUAUCUCUACACAAAUGACAUUCCUGUCUGGUUACAGGUGAUGUUAGGGAUCACGGCUUGUGUUGCUGCCUUACUGUUACUAACAUGCCUCCUACUUUGCUGUAUGCGGCUGUGCGGAUGUUGGACCGGGAAUAUUCUGGGUGUUGGAUCGCUCAGACGGCCUAUGGAUGACACAGACCAUCUCGGAUGCUGGUGUUGCCGGCCCCACGUUGUAUCAAGCAGAUCUCGUAUAGACGACGGACAAAUAUCAUAUAGACGCUGACCAUGAUGUACAUGGCGUUAAGACUUUCUGGAGUGAACCAAGAAUUGAAGUCUCAACUACAUGGGCAUAUACUUGCUCAUGUCUUCAUCUCAUUAAUAUAGCAGUUUCAUAGGGCUGAAAUACUAUUUUUAAAACAGUGACUCUGUAGAAUGAUAAAUUGUGAACAAGGGGCUACGAAUCCAACAUUGCCUCUCGAAGAUAAUUUAAACGAACGUUUUAAUCAACAUACACUAAUCAGACAAGUGUUUGACUGCACUUGCCUCAAUGUACAUUUUGUUUACAAUCAGUAAUUUCGUUUAAAUGAGCUAUCUGCAAGAAAUGUGCUAUACUGGCUUCUUUUCUGUAUCGUCGUUAGUAAUAGAUGCACUCCUACUCAUACUUCAUGUAUUGUAAUAUAUUUUGUACCAUGUUGUUAAUAGACAUUUAUUUUUGUAAAUAAAUUUUUGACACCAAACACAAGUUACUAGCCAGUUACUUUGGUUACGGCAGUUCAUACUACGUAACCCAGGGUGUAUUUUGCAUUAAAAAGCAAAAGCAGUUCUAAUGUUCCCUUAUGGGAAAGUAGAUUUGUAUAUAUAGAUUUUCAUGGAUGUUAUAACAUGAACUAGAUAAUUGUCAGUUGUUUUUUUUCCAAUGCAUUAACUCUGGAUAAAUUUCAGGAACUUCUGUUUUGUUUUCGUUUCAUGGGUUUAACAUUAGAACAACACAAUUAUAUGCCAUACGGUGACUUUCCAACUCUUCAAGGUGGAGACCAGACAUGCUCCUCAAAGCAUUUUUUUCAGGCAUAGGCAUGUACCUGGAUAGAACCACGGACCUUCCGUACAAGCCAGCUGGACAGCUUCGUCACAUGGAAGAAUUAAAGUGUUAAAGUAAUGAUUUGUGGUCAACAUUGUACAAAGAAACAUAUUCUGAACUUGAUGAAUGGGGCUAUGUAUACUUUAUGUAUAGAAAUCAAAGGGCCAUAACUCAUUCAACUGUAAAACAGUUCUACUGAUCAUUCGUAUGAAGUGUCAUUGAAAUACUAUCAGUAGUAUAGAAGAGACAUUUCAUUCAAAAGGUCAUAGCUCUAUAAAAAUUAACUGAGACAUGCAAAAAAACAACUGGGCUAAAUAGCAAUUAUUUCUGUGAAAUUUCAUUGAAAUUCUGCAAACUUGCUGUAAGAGAUGAAGUCUGGACAAGACUAUGUACAUAUGACCUCAUGUAUAACAAGGCCCCCGCAAGGAAACAUCAGUGCCCGACUAUUUCAUAGCUCGAUAGUGAAAUAGGGUAUUUCAGAAGAAACUCCAUCAAUCAAUGGAAUCUCUUAAUUUUAGACAUCAGUUUAGGUGUUAAGUCAAAUACAGGUAGUAAUAAUUUUGGUAAAACUAGAAUAGGCAUAAUUCAUAUAUUUCUGUUAGAGUAAUGUACCUUGUGUCAUAAGAUGUGGAGCACUUACCAGUACUUUAAAUCAUAUCAAUACAAGAUUGAAAGUACAUCAAAUUGAAAAAAAAAUAAAAGGGGGCAUAAUUAAUGACAUAAUGGUGCCAGAGCUAUACCCUUUGCAUGAUGAUGUGGAGCAAAUAUGUUAAGUUUGCAUCAUACCAAGAAUAGAGUGGAAAUGCAUAAAAACUUCAACCUAAAAAAUCAAAAGUUAAAAAUAGAGGGAAUAAUUCAUGAAAUAUUUGUGUGAGAAUUAUGGACCUUUCGCCAAAUUAUGUGGGUGACGAGGUGGACUAUUAUUGAUAUGGGCGAUGAUGAAGAGAAACCAUUUAAUGUUUAAAGCAAAUCCAUCAAUUAAUAACAAAGAUUAAGUGAAAGUGCAUCAGACAUUUAGCUAUGGACACAGACAAGGAUGCCAUGGUGAUUAGGCCAGUUCUCCAUAUACUUCGUAUUGUUGAGUUAAACAUCAAAGGGUCAUAACUGUGAUUAUUCCUAUAAAGUUUUAAUGGAAUCUCAAUGAUAGUAUACAGAGGAGCCAGGCCAAAUUUUGUUCAAAAGUAACCUUUAAGGAGUUAGGACUCUUAUUCAUCACACCUAUAUAGUUUCAUUGACAUCCAGUCAGGCAUUGGAGAUGUAGACCAGAUAAGAAACUCUACAUACCGUUAGGCUUUAUGUAUAAUCACCAAAGGCCAAAUCUCAAUGAACAACCAUUGGCUUGCAACUAAUUCAUACAAAGUAUCAUUCAAAUCCAAUCAAGAGAAUAUAAGUAUUUUGUAUAUGAAGAACAGCUGACAGACAGAUGCAAAAAUAUUAAGUACCAAUGAAGUGGGAAAACGUAAUUAAACGGGCUAUCGUUUCCAAUACACAGAAAACAAGUCAGAAUGACAACCUGGCUACAUAUAUGGAAAUUUGACUAGUAACUACUGAACUAUUUUCCUUUCUUGAUAACAUAGUCCUUGUACAGACAGGAUGGUCAAUAAUGUAAUGAUGUAUAUAACUUA